AUGGCGAAUCAAGAAAUAAGUUUAAAAUGGAACGGGUAUCAGAGCAAUAUUUUGUUCAACGUAAAAGAAUUAUUCAAAGACGAGUGCUUGUCGGAUGUUACUUUGGUCUCAGAGGGUCAUAGUUUUAAGGCUCAUAAAGUAAUAUUGUCAGCGAAUAGUUCAGUUUUUAGGACAAUAUUUCAGCAAAACCCCCACAAGGAUCCAAUUAUAGUGCUUCAUGACAUCAGUACGGCCUCUCUGCGCACGCUGCUGACGUUUAUGUACAACGGGGAGGUGAAUGUGACUGAGGAAUUCUUGCCAAUACUCUUGAAGACUGCAGAAACAUUGAGAAUCUGUGGUCUGUCUACUGGCAGUGAGACUUCACGCGAAGAGGAUAGAACUCCUGGGGGUACUGUGCCAAAAAAACGUAAAAAAAGCGAGCAUGAAGACAGUAGCAGUAAAUGUAAGAAGUGUGUCUAUGCACAGGGCAAACAAGAGGCUGCAUCAAAUAAUUUAGUGCCAAAGCUAGAACCAGUGGAAUCGCCGUUGACUGAUUGUUCAGGAGAAAAUACUAAUGAUACGGACAUAGCCGUGCUCGAUGAUGUUGUUGAGAAAAAGCAAAAUAAAUCAGGAGCCCAGUCAAAGAAGAGAAAGCGGGACUCGGAUAACAAUAAUAAAUGCAAAAAGUGUGUGCCAGUUGAUUCGGAAACCGUACACAAGAUUAGCUCUGAUAGCGGAAAACAAUCUAAUAUUGUACUAAAAAUUGAACCAGUGGAAUCCAUGUUAACGGAAUAUUCUGGGGACAACACAAACGAUACGGAAAUAGCUUUAAUAGAAGAUACAACGGAGAAGAAACUUACCGUAGAAAACUGUCUCAAUAAGAAAGCACAUAAUGUGAGUGACCGAAUUGAUAAAAUCGAAGUGAGUAGUACACAGCCAUGUUUGAAUGAGAAACUUAAUAACGGAGAUGCAUCGGAAGAAAUAAUUGAGAUUGACAAAGAAGUUGAGACCGUACUGCAAAGCGGAACGAGGAUUGAAUCACUCAGUAUAAAAACGGAGAACCUGAAUGUGGUGUCUACUGAUUGUAAAGAUCCAUCAUUCCCUUGCCCGUUUUGUCCUCGAGUGUACAACAGUUGGGGUUACCGACGAAGACAUGUCAAGUCCAGGCAUGUUACUAACAGGCUCUCAUGCAAGUGGUGUAUAUCAGUGCUGCCAUCUACAGGAGCUUGGUACACCCACGCAACUCGCACCCAUGGAGUGCCACACGAGGAGGCACGGAACUCUUUGGUUGUGAUGGUAGAAGCUCAUGCUGUACUAACUCAAAUGAAUGAACCAAAUGUCACUCAGUUACUCGUUUAA